CCGCUUCCGAUUGGCGGAGCCGCGAGCGGUGCGCGAUGACGUCAUGGCCGCGCGCCGUUGCUAUAAGACCGCGGUCCGGCGGAAGCGUCUCUCUUUUGUCGCGGGCGUGAGUUUGCCGGUGAACGUCGUGAGGGCGCGGCUGGCCUAGAGGAGCCAACAUGCCGGUUGCCAGAAGUUGGGUGUGUCGCAAAACUUAUGUGACCCCACGGAGACCCUUCGAGAAAUCGCGUCUCGACCAGGAACUGAAGCUGAUCGGAGAGUAUGGGCUCCGGAACAAGCGUGAGGUCUGGAGGGUCAAGUUUACCCUGGCUAAGAUCCGCAAGGCCGCCCGGGAGCUGCUGACGCUGGACGAAAAGGACCCACGGCGUCUUUUUGAAGGCAAUGCUCUGCUGAGGCGACUUGUUCGUAUUGGGGUGCUGGAUGAGGGCAAGAUGAAGCUGGAUUACAUCCUGGGCCUGAAGAUUGAGGAUUUCUUGGAGAGGCGGCUGCAGACCCAGGUCUUUAAGCUGGGUCUGGCUAAAUCUAUUCACCAUGCCCGUGUGCUCAUCCGUCAGCGUCAUAUCAGGGUCCGCAAGCAGGUGGUGAACAUUCCAUCCUUCAUUGUUCGUCUGGACUCCCAGAAGCACAUUGAUUUCUCCCUUCGUUCUCCUUAUGGUGGUGGCCGCCCAGGCCGAGUGAAGAGGAAGAAUGCCAAGAAGGGCCAGGGUGGUGCUGGAGCUGGUGAUGAUGAAGAAGAGGAUUAAGUUAAUGCCUCCCUAGACUGGAGGAUUGUCUAGUUUUCCGGUUGACUAAUAAAGCAGAAUUAACACUUGG